AUGACUCCAAAUUCUUCUCCUUCAUAUUCAUUUCUUGAACAUGUUUCUUUGCCUAUACCGACUAUACCUAGCCCAUAUCCCACCCCUACCAAGGACAUACAUCAUGUGCCUACUCCUCCUUCUAUUGAUUCUGAUGUCGUCUCUCACGGUACUCCUCCUUAUUAUGAUUCUGACACUUCCAAUCCCUCAUUUUCUACUGCCGUUUCAUCUUUCGAUUCUCAAUAUGUUCCUCGGUCACAUAAUUCCAUUAGUGCAUCUACACCCAUCACCAUUCCUCUUCUUACGCAAUUUCACUAUCCUAUACUUACUCGGGCAAAACAUAGCAUUGUAAAACCGGCUCACAAACCUAGUCUUCAUAUUGAUUUUACUUCUCUUGUUCCUAAAACUUACCUACAAGAGUUUAAAGAUCCUAAUUGGAUAAACAAAAUUACAGAAGAAUAUUCUGCUCUUAUUUCAAAUAGGACUUGGAUGGACACCUUGCUUGAUACAAAGCGUGCCUUGUUGACAAUGGUAGAAGUCAAAGACCCCGUAUUCGUUGUGAUGAAACAUUUAGCUAUGUAUUCAAACCAGCCUCCAUUCGUAUUGUUCUUAGCAUUGCAGUCACUCAAAAGUGGCCCGUUCGACAACUUGAUGUCAAGAAUGCCUUUCUUCACGGGCAUCUUCAGGAAACUGUUUAUAUGCAUUGACCAUCAGAGAUCUUUAUGUGGUCUCAAACAAGUGCCUCGCACUUGGUUUCAUCAUUUUACUAAUUAUAUUUAUCGUCUUGGUUUUAUUCACAGAGCUGAUAAUGGUUUAUUUUUGUCUCAACAUAAAUAUGCCAUUGGGAUUCUUGAACGUGCAUCUAUGCUCAAUUUCAAACUUGCGUGUACUCCAACUGAUCUUUCCUCGAAGCUUGAUGGCUCGGGUCCACCUGUUGAUGAUCUGACUUUAUGUCGCAAUCUUGGAGAGCCUCAUUUCAUUACUCUUAAACGCAUUUUGUCUUAUGCUUAUGGUAUUUUUGGUCAUGGAUUACAGAUUUUUAGCUCUCCUACUCGUGAGCUUAUUGGUUAUUCUUAUGCGGAUUGGGCUCAUUGUCUAGUCGCACAAUGUUCUACUUCUGGUUAUUGGGUGUUUUUAGGGGAUAAUCUUCUGUCUUGGUCAUUCAAACGUCAGCACACUAUCUCUCAGUCUAGUGUUGAGGCAUACUGA